AUGAGCAAGCGAAAUCGAGCGCCAGCAGGUACAGGCAUGUACAUUGCUGGUGAGCUUGAAUAUGCAUGUGUUGAGAAAGCGAUCCAAGGUGAACGUGUGGUACAAUUGUAUGAUCUACAGAUAGGAGCUUUGAAUGAGACCAUGGGAUCACUCAUGAAGCUGAUAAGUGAUGGGACCGUGACACAGUUUAUGGGGAAUAUCCAGACACAGAAACGUUCCAUUGAACGGGAAAUAGAAUUGCGUUCGUCAAUUUCUGAUUUCACUUUUGCAUCUCCAAGAGGAGCAGUAGCCCCACAAUUAGACCAGCCUGAAAUGAUUCCUCUGCCACUGAAGAUAGUUGCUAAUCAUAAUCAUAAUCAUAACCAUAGACAAACUGCUGAUCCAUUUUUAUCUCCACCAAAGGCUUCGGCCACUCUGACACCUAAACAACCUUAUAGAUCAACAUUGUCCGAUUCAUUUGCCAGUCGAUCAAUAACGAUACCAGUUGACUCUGUUAACAGAGUAUCACUAUUGACAUCUACUAAGCCUGAUAGCCUUCCUUCCAGUACAUUCCCUAAUCCUGAUAGUUCUAUCGAGGCAAUUCAAUUGAAUAUCAGAGAAAGCAUGAAACGAAGACUGACAAUAAAAGCAAAUGACGUCACUAGUAAUGUAAUUGUUGCACCCAAAGCUUCAAAUAUGAAGACUCCAAGUAGAAGUUCUCUAUUUAUGAAGUUACCUUCGAAAACUCCCAUAUUAGAUGGUGUAUCAUGGAAAUCUAACAAAGGGUCCUUAAAAUCAAGAAAAGUGGCAGAGAGAUUGGAAGCUGAAAUUGCUCAGCAAGAUUUGAAUUUGUCACCUGUGGUUGUGCCUCGUGUUAUAAGUAAAACGAAUUUAGAAGAAAUGAAAGUACCUCCAAAGCUGAUAAAUGGAGGCGAAAAGAAUGUAUUUUCCAGUAAUAAUCCCAAAUUACGUCUAUCAACCGUUCCCACGUUGAAUCCUCAAUCAUCAUCCACUCCAAAAGAAUCCAAUGGCAAUAGUUCAUCCUCUCCUGUUUUAAUAAUGAAAUCUGAAAAGGUUGAACAUAAGGUUUCCAGGUCUACAACACAGUCUCAAUCACUGGCCCUACUAUCUGAAAGGACUAUCGUAAAUGAUGAUCAAAAACAAAAUGCAUCAAAAGAUGGUGGAAACAAUAACAUAAGCCAUAUUUCACCACCAAAGAAAUCACCAGGUAGAAUCAUCAAAUCACCUCAUAAAACUUCAUCUAAGCUUAGUACCUUUACAUCGCCAACCAAAUCAUCAACUCUCAAGACCAAGAAGCCAGAAAUCAAACGCCAUCCACAUAUCAAAACAACCAAUAGAUUACUUAAUACUGAGUUGAAGACAGAUUUACCACCAUCUAUUCUGACACUGAAACCCCUUGUUCUUCCUCCACGAGAAGAAUAUCCUAGUACAGUUAGAAAAUCAAGACAUGAAUUUGAAGUUUUACUUCGAGGAAACUUAGCAUUGGAAUCUAAUGGUGGUAUUCCACAACUAACAAAGGAGACUACUACUGAUGGUUCAACUCCUCUGAAGAUCACUCGACCUCCUUCAUAUUCCUAUAGUUCAGCAAAAGAAUAUGGACCAAAUAAAAAGGUUGAAGAUUUAUUGCAUGCUGGUAGACUACAGCCAGGGCAUGGAGAUGGUGGAGGUGGCAAAGAACUGAGUAGUAAUCGACAGCCACGUCCAUUGAAAGGGAAUGCUGUACCACUUCCCGAAGCUGCUAGAGGGAGAGUUACGACCAUCUCGAGAAUUACGAGAACCCCUCAUAGACUACUUGGCAAUGGUGGUGCUGGUGGCCAAGAAGCUCCUAAGACGCCUCUUCACAAGCGAUAUAAACGAGAGACCAACACCACUGCAGUGCUUCCAGAUUUCGGAUCUGAUGAUGAAGAAGUGCAAAAGAGUGAUGUUCUAAAGGAAUGGGCAACAGAAAAGAACCUAAAAGCCAUGAUAUCAGAACAACAACUGGUGAACCCCACUACUAUAUUUGGAGAAAUCCCCGAGUUUGAUAUCGACGAAGUGUUUCAAACCUAUGAAUCCAGAGCCAGAGCAAGGAAGUCUCCAAUGCAAUGGUCAACUGUUGAAAGAAGGAAAGAUGAGAAACGGUAUGCCCGGCAAAUGGGAUACCAAUAA